GCGUACGCGUUCUCGAACUCUCCCGUCAGGACGUAUAAAAGCGCGCCACUGGCGUAACGCACGCUAUAGGAUUUCCCGAAGCUACUGACAGCUGAGGAGAAAACUCUCACAGGCUUAACGGAGAAUCGCUUAAUCUAAUUCUCUCUAAUAAACCGUUCAAGAUGCCGGAGGCACAUGACCAGCUGAUGGAGGAGGAAGCAGAGACCUUUGCCUUCCAGGCUGAGAUCGCUCAGCUGAUGUCUCUGAUCAUCAACACCUUCUAUUCCAACAAAGAGAUCUUCCUCAGAGAACUCAUCUCCAACUCUUCAGAUGCUUUGGACAAAAUCCGCUAUGAGAGUCUCACAGAUCCGAGUAAGCUGGACUCAGGAAAAGACCUCAAAAUCGAAAUCAUUCCCAACAAAGAAGAGCGCACACUCACAAUCAUCGACACCGGCAUCGGCAUGACCAAAGCUGACCUCAUCAACAACCUGGGAACCAUCGCCAAAUCCGGCACGAAGGCCUUCAUGGAGGCUCUGCAGGCCGGAGCGGACAUUUCCAUGAUCGGCCAGUUUGGAGUGGGCUUCUAUUCUGCCUACUUGGUGGCCGAGAAAGUCACGGUCAUCACUAAACACAUUGAUGACGAGCAGUACGCAUGGGAGUCGUCGGCAGGAGGAUCGUUCACCGUUAAAGUGGACAGCUCCGAGCCGAUCGGUCGUGGCACAAAAGUGAUUCUGCAUUUUAAGGACGAUCAGACAGAGUACAUCGAAGAGCGACGAAUCAAAGAGAUCGUCAAGAAGCACUCGCAGUUCAUCGGCUACCCCAUCACGCUCUUUGUCGAGAAGGAGCGCGACAAGGAGGUGAGCGACGACGAGGCGGAGGAGGAGAAGGAAAAGGAGAAAGAGGUGGAGGAGGAGGGCGAGAAGGACGAGGACAAGCCCGAGAUCGAAGACGUGGGCUCCGACGACGAGGACCACGAUGACAAGUGCUCCGACAAGAAGAAGAAGAAGAAGAUCAAGGAGAAGUACAUCGACCAGGAGGAGCUCAACAAGACCAAACCCCUGUGGACGCGCAACCCCGAUGACAUCACUAACGAGGAGUACGGCGAGUUCUACAAGAGUCUGACUAACGACUGGGAGGAUCACCUGGCCGUCAAGCACUUUUCUGUGGAGGGUCAGCUGGAGUUCCGCGCGCUGCUCUUUGUGCCUCGUAGAGCUCCAUUCGAUCUCUUCGAGAACAAGAAGAAGAAGAAUAACAUCAAGCUGUACGUGCGCAGGGUGUUUAUCAUGGACAACUGCGACGAGCUCAUCCCAGAAUAUCUCAACUUCAUUAAGGGUGUUGUGGACUCUGAGGAUCUGCCGCUCAACAUCUCCAGAGAGAUGCUUCAGCAGAGCAAGAUCCUGAAAGUCAUCCGCAAAAACCUGGUCAAGAAGUGCCUGGAGCUCUUCACCGAACUCUCCGAGGACAAAGACAACUACAAGAAGUACUACGAGCAGUUCUCCAAGAACAUCAAGCUGGGCAUCCACGAAGACUCCCAGAACAGGAAGAAACUCUCAGAGCUGCUUCGCUAUUACACAUCGGCUUCUGGAGACGAGAUGGUGUCCCUCAAAGAUUAUGUGACUCGCAUGAAGGACAGUCAGAAGCACAUCUACUACAUCACCGGUGAGACCAAAGAUCAGGUGGCCAACUCUGCUUUCGUGGAGCGCCUGCGUAAAGCCGGUCUGGAGGUGAUCUACAUGAUCGAGCCCAUCGAUGAAUACUGCGUACAGCAGCUGAAGGAGUUCGAGGGCAAGAACCUGGUAUCAGUGACCAAGGAGGGUCUGGAGCUUCCCGAGGAUGACGAGGAGAAGAAGAAGCAGGAGGAGAAGAAGGCCAAGUUUGAGAACCUGUGCAAGAUCAUGAAAGACAUCCUGGAGAAGAAAGUCGAGAAGGUCACCGUCUCAAACCGUCUGGUUUCUUCGCCCUGCUGCAUCGUCACAAGCACAUACGGCUGGACGGCCAACAUGGAGAGGAUCAUGAAGGCCCAGGCUUUGAGGGAUAACUCCACCAUGGGCUACAUGGCGGCCAAGAAGCACCUGGAGGUCAACCCGGACCAUCCCAUCGUCGAGACGCUCCGCCAGAAAGCAGAAGCCGACAAGAACGACAAAUCAGUGAAGGAUCUGGUGAUCCUGCUGUUCGAGACGGCUCUGCUUUCCUCGGGCUUCACGCUGGACGACCCGCAGACGCACUCCAACCGCAUCUACAGGAUGAUCAAACUCGGAUUAGGCAUCGACGAGGACGAUCUGUCCACAGAAGAGCCCAGCUCGGCUCCCAUCGAGGACAUGCCUCCGCUGGAGGGAGACGAAGACACGUCUCGCAUGGAGGAGGUCGACUGAGAGCGGCCGCUGACCCGAUCAUGUUUGUAGCUCUGUAAAAAGAUUAUUGAUUAUUCUUGUUGUUCUUGACCACAUCCCAGUUCCUGUUCAUUCCCGUUUGGUUGGUAAAGCUUUUGGAAACCCCUCGUCAUCCCACAUUCCCUUUUUUAUAUAUUUUUUUGAGUUGUGUAUGCACUUUGUUUUGUAUUUAUUGAUUAACAUUCCAGUUUUGAUUUUGAGUGUUUAAGGGAGACUGAUACUGUAUUAUUGACACGACGGGAUCCUGAAAUAAAGCUUACCGUAUCAGAUCAUUUGAUGCCUGUGUUUCAUGAUGCUCAGACAAAACACUCCUGCUGUUU